GGGGGGGGGGCAGGAACAGCCAGGGCUAUAUAAUAAGAUCCUAUCUCAAAAUCCCCGCGGCCAAUCAGCAACGCGCAGGCCCUUGUAACGUUCCCAGCGCUGCGUUUGAAUUCGGGGAGGAACGGAGCAGGGCAAGAUCCUCUGCACCGGCCGUGCCAGGUCCGCGGAGAAAGUCUAGGAGCAUGAAUGCAGCGGCCAAAGCUGGAAAGCUGGCUCGAGCACCAGCCGACCUCGGGAAAGCCGGAGUCCCGGGGGAUGCAGCUCCCGGUGCUUCAGUGGCCGCCCCGCUAUCGAAGGAGAUUCCGGAGAUCUUAGUGGACCCACGCAGCCGGCGCCAGUAUGUACGGGGCCGCUUUCUGGGUAAAGGAGGUUUUGCCAAAUGCUUCGAGAUCUCAGACGCAGACACAAAGGAGGUGUUCGCAGGCAAGAUCGUGCCUAAGUCGUUGCUUCUCAAGCCACACCAGAAGGAGAAGAUGUCUAUGGAGAUUUCAAUUCACCGCAGCCUCGCACACCAACACGUCGUAGGAUUCCAUGGCUUUUUCGAAGACAGCGACUUUGUGUUUGUGGUUUUGGAGCUCGGUCGCAGGAGGUCCCUCCUGGAGCUGCACAAGAGGAGGAAAGCGCUGACGGAACCCGAGGCGCGCUACUAUCUGCGGCAGAUAGUCCUGGGCUGCCAGUACCUGCACCGCAAUCAGGUCAUUCACAGGGACCUCAAGCUGGGCAACCUUUUCCUGAACGAGGAUCUGGAGGUGAAAAUAGGGGAUUUUGGGCUGGCAACCAAAGUGGAAUAUGAAGGGGAACGAAAGAAGACCUUAUGCGGCACUCCCAACUACAUAGCUCCCGAGGUGCUGAGCAAGAAGGGACACAGUUUUGAGGUGGAUGUGUGGUCCAUUGGGUGCAUCAUGUAUACCUUGCUAGUGGGCAAGCCACCUUUUGAGACUUCAUGCCUAAAAAAGACCUACCUCCGGAUCAAGAAAAAUGAACACAGUAUCCCCAAGCACAUCAAUCCUGUGGCCACCGCCCUCAUCCAGAAGAUGCUUCAGACAGACCCCAGUGCUCACCCUCACGAGUUGCUUGAUGACGAGUUCUUCACUUCUGGCUAUAUCCCCGCCCGUCUCCCCAUCACCUGCCUCACCAUCCCACCAAGGUUUUCCAUAGCUCCCAGCAGCCUGGACCCCAGCAGCAGGAAGCCUCUCACGGUCCUCAAUAAAGGUAAAGCUCGGGCUCAGUAGGGUAGACCCCAGAGAGCCCCGA